UUUGGUCGACCAUACCGUACCGUAUCGUGUCGAGGAUUUUGGACUAAAUACCGUCUCCAAUCAUUUAUUUUGCUCAGCAGAGUGCAUUUGAAGCGAGGGAAGAACCGAUAACUAACGAAAAAAUGUCAAAUAAUGCUGCGAACAGUUCAUCAGAUGUGAAAAGACCGAACAAGAUUAAGAAGUAUACUCCACCUGAUGAGAAUAGUGCAUCUGAUGAUCCUACUGCAGACUACAUGAAUCUCUUGGGCAUGGUGUUCAGUAUGUUUGGACUUAUGAUGAAGAUGAAAUGGUGUGCCUGGAUGGCAGUCUUCUGCUCCUUUAUCAGCUUCUCAAAUUCCAGAGUCAACGAGGAUGGAAAACAAAUGUUCAGUAGUUUUAUGUUAUCAAUAUCAGCUGUUGUGAUGUCGUACUUACAGAAUCCAGCACCGAUGACGUUACCAUGGCAAUAACACUACGAUUUUUAAAAGAUGUUUAGCUAAUAUGUAUGUCUAUAUUUAAACGAUUCACUCUACAUAUUAAGGUUUUACUAUUUUUGCAUCGUUCCUCAAUUAUUGUCAGUUGGGCUACAUAAGUAUCUUUUCUCUUCAAAUUUUAAGUCAGUAAGGAAAUUAGUAAAUUGUAUUACCAGUAUGUGAAUUAUGGAUAUUUUUCCUCAAAUAACCCAAGUCCCAAGUUACAUUACAUGAUAUAAAGACAAUAAUUCAAUUCACAGAUAGCAACAACUUUUCUCAAAUGACCUUUCCCACAUAUUUCAUUAGGGUGAGCCAUAAGACUUCUUAUAUGUUGUGUAAAGCCAGCAAAGCAUUCCAUUUCUUAAAGGAAGGCAUGGUAUAACUACACGUAGAUGACUAGAAUAGUAUGCCAGUGAUCAAGUUUGAAAAUUGUCUGUUGUUUUGUCUUUUUUUUGGCACACUGACUAGUGUUUGGGCUACUGUCAAAUACCAAUGAUUAUGAACACUUUGUUACCCUUCAGCUUGGAUGUGAUGAAACAAAUACAUGUAUGAAAUCACAAAUGCUUAAAUGUAAGUGAAUUUGAAAACCACCUUGAUGGUUUAUCUCCAAUAACCUUUUACUGCUUAUGCACACGUACAACUGUGAAAAGGCUUAUGCCCUGUAUAAUCUCUUUCAGAGAACAAUAUUUCAAUGGGUUAACAACUUGUGCUCCAGAGGUUGAUUCCCUUGCACCUAUUUCCAGUGCUUUUCCUACAGACUGGCAUAGGCAAUCAUUGAAAGUGAAAUCUGUAUCAUUUUUGAAAACUGUCAGAAAUAAUAAGUAGUGUAAAAAGAAACUGCUGAUACUACUACUAACUACUUUUACUUCCCUUUAUGCUCGCAAUGCUGUCAAUGUUAAUUCUCGUCCAAUUACUGGUACUAAGAUUAUUUGGAAUUGAAAUAGAGAGUGUUGCAUGUAAGUACUCCUGGGCCCCGUCUUACAAAGAGUUACGAUUGAUACAAUCAAUUGUAACUCUAUGGAAAUCCAUCAGUGUCAAUUU